GCAUUUCCCGGUGUUUGUUUGCCCGCCUGCCUCCCGAAACCAUCCUGUUUUUCGAAACCGCGUUUCCGCGAGACCACUUUAGCGAGUGGUGUGCCGGAAGCCCCCGUACGGCCGCCAAGAUUGACAAAGGAAACUUCAACUUUUUGAACCCGCUCGCUUAUCCGACGGCGGCAAGCGCGGCGGCAGCAGCAGCGGCAGCGGCAGCGGCGGCAGCAGCAGCGAACGGGACGGCCGGCACUAGCGGAGGCGGGAACGGUGCGGCUAGCGGGCCCGGCUUGGUAACGGGUGGGAUCGGUCCGGGGCAGGGUGGCAGUAGCGUUGAGGGGGCCGGCGGUAGCGGGACGACGACGACGGCGGCUGCAGCAGCAGCGGCAGCAGCGGCGGCAGCAGCAGCAGCAGCAGCGGCAGCUGCAGUAGGCGGCAACAAUCCGCACCCGCACCACGCACACCAUCACCACCCGCACCAUCAUCCGCACCCGCACCAUCAUCAUCCGCACCACCACCAUCCACACCAUCCGCACCACCAUCCGCACUUUGGGCACACGUUGGGAGCGGGCGGCGGAGUGGACGCGGGCGGCUCGCUCGGUGGACUCGGCGGUACGGCGGCCGGCGGUGUCGGUACCGGUGCUGGUGGUCUCGGUGCAGGAGCAGGAGUAGGAGGCGGAGGUGUAGGAGGUGUAGGAGGAGGAGUAGGUGGAGGUGUUGGAGGUGGUGGUGGAGGCGGAGGAAUACCCGGACUCAGGAUGGACUGCGACUACUCGAAGCUGUUCUACGCUAAACAUAGUGGACUGGGAGCCAGCACCAUUACGGCACGGUGGACACAAAUGGGUCCAGGACCAACGGCCGGUUCGUUGGUCCCGGACGACACCAACGGUUCCGGCGUGGACGGUGGCAAGCAUUUGGACGUCGGCGACAUGAGCGAUGACGACGAACAGGAUCUGUCGUCGGCGGAUGCCGAGGGCGUUUGGAGUCCGGACAUCGAACAGAGCUUCCAGGAGGCACUAGCCAUCUAUCCACCGUGCGGUCGCCGAAAAAUCAUUCUCUCCGAGGAAGGCAAAAUGUAUGGUCGCAAUGAAUUGAUCGCUCGCUACAUCAAACUACGCACCGGCAAGACGAGAACUCGGAAGCAGGUCAGCUCGCACAUACAAGUAUUAGCCAGAAGGAAGCUGCGCGAGUUCCAGGCCAAGAUGAAAGUGCAAUUCUGGCAGCCGGGGUUGCAACCGAGCACAUCCCAGGACGUGAAACCGUUCGCCCAGCCCGGUUACCCCAUGAAGACCGCCACCGCCGUCUCGGAAGGUGCGCUGCAGCCUACACACCCAUGGGAGGGACGCGCCAUCGCCACGCACAAGUUCCGGCUGGUCGAGUACAGCGCUUAUCUGGAGCUGCGCGCCGAAGAAACCUAUCACAAGCAUCUGUUCGUGCACAUAGCGGACACGCCGGCCAACCCACUGCUGGAGUCGGUCGAGGUAAAAGAAAUCUACGACAAGUUCCCGCAAAAGUCCGGCGGCCUGAAGGAGCUGUACGAGAAGGGUCCGAGCAAUGCGUUCUUCCUGGUGAAGUUCUGGGCGGACCUGAACACAAACAUCGCCAACGAUGCGGGCGCAUUCUACGGUGUCAGCAGUCACUACGAAAGCAACGACAAUAUGGUGAUUACCUGCUCGACAAAGGUGUGCUCCUUCGGGAAGCAGGUGGUGGAGAAGGUUGAAACAGAAUACUCCCGCAUCGAGAACGGUCGCUACGUUUACCGGAUCAGUCGAUCGCCGAUGUGCGACUACAUGAUCAACUUCAUCAACAAGCUGAAGCACCUGCCGGAGAAGUACAUGAUGAACAGUGUGCUGGAGAACUUCACCAUCCUACAGGUUAUAUCCAACAAAGACACGGACGAAACGCUACUGUGCGUGGCGUUCGUGUUUGAGGUGUCGACGUCCGAGCACGGUGCGCAGCACCAUAUCUACCGUCUGGUGAAGGAAUAGCAAGAAAUCAACAAUCACCGCGCGCACCAGAGACUAGAUAACACUAGCGACAGCAUUAUCCUAAGCAAUCCGAACAUUCUGGCCAGCGGCGACUACAACAGCAACACCACCCACAGCAACAACAACAACAACAACAGCAGCAGCAAUGAGGGCAACAACAACACCACCAACGUCAACCGUGACCAUACCGGUUCGAACGUGCCCGAGCUCAACAAUCAAGACCAUGCGUCCCAACAUCUCCAACCACCACCAGCACCAGUAGAUCUGCCGAGCUGUCUGGUAGUGGAACAGGCGGCCGCCGAUCUCACGGCAAUCAUUUCGCCCCACCGGCAAUCAACUGCCUCGUCCCAUCAACCAGCGCUGGAAGCGCUAGCCGCACCUGCUACCAUCACACCCAGCGUUGGCGACGAUCCGGAGCUGCCGGAAAUGACGCCCUUACGCGCCGGUAACGCUCCCCUGCGUCACCAGUCCUCGGUCAAGCAGGAGUAUCUCGGUAUCGUCGAGCCGGAGUACAGCUCCGUGGCGGCAGCCGAGGUCGGUGCGAAACGAACAUCCUCCCAGCUGUUACUACACCACCGUCCCAUCCAUCAGCUGUUGCGUGACUGAACCCCAAAAUGCAUGAGUGACACACCGGUGCGUGUGUGUGUUGCGAGCAGCGCGUACAUAUGAAAAACCAAAAUACCAUUAAGUGGAAAAAAACAGUGCCUAUAAACAAUAAUUGAGAAUGAGAGAAGGCGAUUAAUGUAGAGAGGGUGGUUGAGGUCACCAACCCCUAAGAAAUCAAG